CGACGAUCAGCCGAGGCAAUCGUGGAGCUUCGCGUUGUGUAGGACAGUGUGUGGCAAGUGUGUCUAGGAUGUGCACGCUUCGCUGGUCGGAUUCGCUGCCGGACCACGGGCCUGAAGCGAGUGCGAUGCCCCAUGCAUACAUAGUGUACCAAGACGAAAGAAGCGACGAUCGCGUUUCGAAGUUUCGUCCCAUAUCGGCAAACAACCUCGGCAAGCUUAUACUGAGACCUGAAAUAGAAAACUCAAACGCAAGUGUCCUCGGCUCGCAUUGGUUGAGGGGAUUUAACGUUCCGAAUCCGAAGGUGCGUAAAGACGGGUAUGAAUAGUUUAACGGUUUGCAGCACAUGCCAUUAUAUUAAUGAUGAUUCGAAUAAAGGCACGGUGCCCCGCGCGUGCUUUUUAGAGCUGUCAAAUUGUUGUUUGCUUAUCUUUACAUCGAGUUUACCAUAAGGACGCACACAAGCGGCAUCCUCCUCAUCUCUAUCAUGGGCUCAAUCUCGAACACCGGUCCGUCUGCUGCCGACGAGACAUUUGACUACAUCAUCGUGGGCGCAGGCCUUUCCGGCAUCAACACAGCAUACUAUCUACAGACAAAUGGGCCGCCAAAUGCCACAUACGCUAUUAUGGAAGGACGAUCCCGCUUGGGAGGGACAUGGGAUCUAUUUCGGUAUCCCGGUAUCCGAUCCGACUCCGAUAUCUACACAUUCGGGUUCUCAUGGAAUCCGUGGAAAGGCGAUAAGCCACUAGCUGAAGGCCCUGAUAUCUGUUCGUACCUAGCGAAAUCGGCAUCGAUGCAUGGCAUCGACAGACACAUCCGGUACCAACACCGGGUCGUCUCCGCGGAUUGGGACUCGGACACUUCCAGGUGGGUGCUGCAAGUCACGACGGGUGACGAGAAGAUCAAGACAUUUUCGGCUCGCUUCGUCGUUCUGGGCACCGGAUAUUACGACUACAAAGAACCCUUGGCUGCGGAGAUACCCGGCAUCCAGGACUUCAAGGGCCAAGUCAUCCACCCCCAGUUCUGGCCGGAAGACCUUGACUAUCGCAACAAGAACAUUGUCAUCGUCGGGAGCGGCGCCACCGCGAUCACUUUGCUACCCAAUAUCGCCACAGAUGCAGCCCAUGUCACCAUGCUCCAGAGAAGCCCGGGAUACAUUUUCAGCAUGCCGUCCCGGAGGGGGCUGUUGUCCAAGUUCUUCAUGUCUGUCUUGCCGCGAAGCUUCACGGCCCGAUUUCUCCGGAUACAGUAUUUCAUCUUGAGCACCCUCCUCUACUACUAUUGCCGGCAGUUUCCAAAAGCCGCUCGACGACUCCUGGUGGGCGCCGCAAAGAUGCAGCUUCCGCCAAACGUGCCUGUCGACCCGCACUUCAAACCCCGUUACAACCCCUGGGACCAGCGGCUGUGCGUGUGUCCCGACGCCGACUUCUACGCCGCCUUGCGGUCAGGGAAAUCCGACGUGGUCACGGACGCCAUCGACAGGGUGACGGACUCGGAGAUCGUUCUGAAAGGCGGAGCGACCCUGAGGCCCGACAUCAUCAUCACGGCGACGGGGCUGAGGAUACGCUUCGCCGGCUCCAUCUCGAUAUCCGUCGACGGCGUCCCCGUGGACGUGAGCACAAAGUACUCCUACAAGGCCUGCAUGCUGCAGGAUGUCCCAAACAUGGCAUAUGUUUUUGGGUACGCUAACGCCUCCUGGACGUUGGGCGCUGAGGCGACCAGCUCGUACCUGGUCAGGUUGUGGCGAGCCAUGGACGCGAAGGGGGUGAGAUCGGUGACGCCGCAGCCCGAGAACCUCAAUAUGAAGCGGCACGUGGCGGUGAAUCUCAACUCUACCUACUUGCAGAAUGCUAUGAAGGUGUUUCCCAGGUUCGGGACGGGUAUCUGGGCACCGAGGACAAAUUACCUCGUGGAUUUGUGGAAAGCGACGAUGGGCGACGUGUUUAGGGGAUUGCAGGUGCGUUGAGGAAC